UGAAAAUAUUCAAUAAAAAUGGUAACAACAAGUGUAUGCAAAGCUUUUCACAGUACCAACGGCAAAUCAUCCUAAUAAUUGACCAUGUACACCUUCUCGCCCCGCCCCCUCCCUUAGAAAAUUAGCAGCGAAACAUUUCAAAGGAGAAAUGGUUAAUAAUAGGCGCUGAAACAAACAGAGAUGAAGCCUUGACCUUUAUGAGUAUCACGUGCACAGAAGCCUUCUUUAUUCGUAUAACCAGGUCUGAAAUACCACAGUCAAGACUUUGGCAGAAUCAUAGCAAAGGGUGGUAUCGAGCAAACCCCAGCCUUUUUGGUGCAAAGCUUAUCGACACUCGGCAAAAAUCUAUGAACGACAAACACUACACAAAAGAGACUUUGGACUUUCACAUUCAGCCUGCUUAAGCUGCUUUUUAUUGGUUGGCCUUUUUCCAGAGUUAUCCAGGAAUUUCACUGUUCGUAUUUCCACGAAUUGAAACUAAAAAUGCGAACCAAUCAAAUAAGCUUGUCUGUGAUUAAACAGUAUACUUUACAGAAAUCUGGUUGGUUCUGCAGAGGAGGCUCAGUGACACGUAUGCUGAGGAGGCUGAGUGACACGUACGCAGAGGAGGCUUAGUUAUAUGUAAGCAAUUUGAUUUCACUGCAUUCGUGGAUCAGAGUUGCGGAGUUUUCCACCAAGCGGUUAACGAACUUGCAGGAAACAGGUAAGGUGAAGCGGACCCGAUAAAUCACAAGGUUUUCCUUUGUUUUUACUGAAGUUAGAUUUCUAAGUCAGCCGAUACUGUCGAAGCUUAAUCUGUCAUUAGAUCGGAGUAUAUUCGCGAGAAGAUAAAUGGCAAACUUUUCCUUCUCGAACGCCGGAAAUUGACGGAUCUUGGUCAACUUCGUCCGACUCAUUUUUUAAUUCAAGAAGUUUCUACUCUUCCCCGUAAAAUUCAUUAUCAUUACGGAUUUCAUUGCAGUCAUAGAUCAGUGUUGCGGUAACUCGGACUGAGUUAAGCAGGAUCUUUCGCAUCACAAGGUAAGCCUUGAUUUUGUGCCCUUUUUUUCAUUCUGUUAGUAAUACUGAACAGGCUUAAUUCAUAAUCGUAUCGAAAGAGAAAUAUGUCUAAACUCAGCGAUUGGUGAAUGCAAGAGAAGUUUAACCUAAUCCUCCGGGUAAAGGGUUUAUCUCGGUGGAAUGUGACGAGCUUGUUUGCUUGUGGAAUAGUUUUAUCUUUUCUACAUCGAAAGUUGUUUUUACAGGAAUUCAAAUAUUGAAAAUAAUAGUUGGUGAAUCUUGGUCAACAUCGUCUGACUCAUUUUUCAAGUAGCUAUAUAUUGUGCUUUUCCUGUCGAAUUCAUUUCAGUAACUAAUUUUCUUGCAGUCAUCCGGAUCUUAAGCUGACGGCAUCGUAAACAUUUGACUUCAGCUGAACAGUAUCUUAUACUUCAAAAGGUUAGUCUUUAGAUCUUUUAGUCAUAGCUUUUUAAUUCUGGUAGUAAAACUGAAAUCGAGCAUGCUGUGCUAAAUCUAUUUUCACAUCAAAAUAGACACUGUUCAUCGAAAGUAUUCAAAGCGAGUGAACUGACAAAAGUAUUUAAAUUGCAUCUCAGUAAAUCUUGGCGAUUGGUGAAUACGGAGACGUUCAGACCUAUCCUCAGGAAAAAUGGUUUGAUCUCAGCGAAAUGUGACGAACUCAUUUGCUUGCUGAAUAGAUUUUACCUUUUUCUAUCGAAUAAUGGGUUGACAGGAAUCCAAAUAUUGAAAGGAAUUGAAAAACAUCUAAGAGAAAUUUCUCGAUUACUUCCAUGUAAACAACAGUAAAUUAUUCAUCGCAGUAACUGUUUAUAAAAUAAUUCCCCAAAAUAUUGUGCCACUAUGGCCAUUACUCGUUUCUUAGAACUGUCUUAGUAAUUUACUAUUCAAACAUUUUGCUAAUAAUGAUAGUUGUAUGACAACAAGCCAUGAUCAUCUCACACCUGAGCUGCAAUGUUAGCACGGGAUUCGAACUCUUGCUUUCCACUGAAAUACUAAUUGAGCACUACUAUCAUCUGAGCUGAAAAUUUCAAAUUUCAAAAUUUUGACAAGCUUGCCCCUCGUAACAUACCGCAUGCAGCAAGAAAUUGUUUGUAUUUCUAAAUUUUGAGAUAUCUCAGGGGUUUGGAAAGCAUUUCAAUUUUGAUAUGUGUUAUUCGGAGGUUUGACAUAAUUUAUUUAAAAACACUCGUCAAAAGCACUAUUUUUUUUCUUGGGUGAUAUCUCUUGAGUCCAGGCCAUACCACUAAAAACUCCGCUUGAUAUAUUCUAAUAAUAAGGUAUUUGAAAUCGUUAACAUAUAAAAAUGUCUAGCACCUGUGAUGUUUUGAAUGGAUUUCAAAACAAGAUGCAAACGAUUAACAACGAUUUAAUAAACAGUUGUAAGAAGACGUGUUACAGCAUCGGUGGACGCCAUGGUCAUUCUGCUACAUAUAUCCCAUAGUUCCUAGCGAACAUCCGGUAUCGAUAACUUCCGGUUUACAUGAACAUUACAGCACCCAUUAAAUUUCUUCGCCGCAGUAACUUUCAGAUUGUAGUGUGUUCUCACGUAGAUUGCGUGAGUGAGUCAUUGGUCACGGUGUCUUUCAGAGUGUGCUGUUAUCGCCGGUUACACCAUAUAAAAUACUGUAGUUUGGUUCUGAAAUGUUGAUUAGAUUUUAAUGGCUCAAGCUCUCUAAACUAAAAUAUAAAACAACAGAAUUAAAUUUUUUAAAAAGCGUUUGCCAUUAAAACGUUGAACACUAUGAUAUUCAAUCUGUAGUUGUUCACCUCUUUCGUCGCGAGACAAGGAUUUGCCAGAUUUUAGCCGUUUAAUCAAAAUGUUAAGAGUGUCAAUGACUGAUCAAUUAGUGUGUUCUAAGAGCUCUGUCCCGCUAUCUUUCAACCUAAAAUGGUUAAAAUCUAAGAUUUAUGAAAUUACUAAUGUAAGGGAGUCAGAGUUUGCUCAGCAUACUGAUUUACAUAAUUCGGCUGUCACGCUAGCAAAUUCACCAAACGUUUGAAGUCACCACGGUAAAGGAAAUUAAUAAGUGCCAGAUAUUUUUUAUUUUUAUGCUUUCAAACAUCUUACUAGAAAAUAUCAAACGGAGUUUUCAAUGGUAUGGUCUGGACUUAAGAAAUAUCACCCAAGAAAAAAGAGUACUUUUGACGAAUGUUUUUAAAUAAAUUAUGGCGUACCUGUGAGUUAACACAUAUCAGAAUUACAAAAUGUUUUCCAAACCCCUGAAUUUUCACACGAUUUAGAGAUAAAAACCAUUUCUUCCUGCAUGCGGUGAGGUUGUCAACUUUUGCAAUUUUCCAUUUUCGAUGGGGGAGGUCAAAAUUGGGCUUUAUGCAGCUUGAUUAUUUUGAGCUCUAAAAAUCCUAUUUUAACGUAUUUCCAGAAACCAAUGUGGUUUUAUUUCCUCACUACCAAAGAUAGUUUGAUGGGCAAAGUUUGAGGCAAAACUUUGUUCCGAUGCGAAAUGCCCGGGACAGCUCUUACAGAAAUCGCCACUUAAAUAGGCUAAUGCCGCGCGGAGAUUGAAACUAUUGAAAGCGCUGAAAGACGUUGCAAUACUCACCAAGAAGCUCUUUCCCUAGGUAGAGGGGGAGGUCAAUAUACUCUAACCUACAAACGAAAAUGAUAGUCUUCUUCUUUGGACGUCUUAGAAGUACAUUUCCAAGCUCAAGAUAAAAAUUCAAAGACAAGCCACCAAAAAUGAGGAGGGGGAUAGAUACUAUUAACGUUUAAGACUACUUUUUUAAAACUCCAUUCGCAAGGACAGAAGAGAUUUGCUCUUCCUUCCCCUGGCAAUAAUUUGAACAAAAAUGUGUCCAUUCAGUAACGCACAGAAAUGGCUUGCGAUAUUAACAAUGAACGACUAGGUCAUCUUUCCCUCACAGCGUGUAAACUAAAAGUCUGAAUAUUUAAUUGUAGAGAGAACGCCUGAGAAUGGAGCUUGAGCUAGAGAAAAUCAUUAGCAAGUUCAACCUUUUGCCCGAAGAUGAAAAGCAGCAAGAUAGGAGAGAUUUAAAAGAGCUUCAAGAGAAAAUAGAGAGGAUGAAUUCCAACGCGAAAGAGACUGCUGAGAGUCUUCGUACAGCGGCUAAGAAACUAGACAACGUGUGGAGGGACUGCAAGACAGCACAUGCUGUUGGAACCAGCUUUGGAAUAGUGGGAGGCCUUCUUUCAAUCGGUGGAGGAAUUGCAACAUUGAUGACAGCAGGGACUGCUACUCCCUUGUUAGUAGCGGGAUUGUCUCUUGGAGGCGCGGGAGCUACUACAAACAUAGGGGCAGCCGCCGUCGAGUCUCAUAUAAACUCAGCUGAAAUCAAAAAGGCAGAAAAACAAUUGGCGAAGACUAGGGAAAGUAUAAACGAGGUAAACAGGUUUGUCCAGGAGGUUUUGAUUGCGAAAGAAAGAGCAAGGCUCAUAUAUAUUUAUUACCUUGCCGAAACCCAGCAGUUGGGAGGUCCUGUGGUCUUAAAGAUCCUUCGUGAGCUGGUGUUUUUCGUCGGAGGAACACCUACUAAAAUGGUGAUACAAGUAGCAGAAACUGCAAUGGCCUGUGCACAGACAGUGACUCAGGCUAGUGCGAAAGCUGCAACCAAAGGUGGUGCUCAAGGAGCGGGAAAGGCAGCUGCGCAAUCUGUUGACGAUGUGCUACGAGCAACGGGUCAGGUUGGAGCACAAGCUGCUGAUGACGUAGUCCAAGCAGGGGCUAAAGCGAGCACCAAGGCAGCCAGUAAGACAGUCGGCAAAGUCGUCAUUGUGGUCAAUGUUGCAUUUGUGGUGUGGGAUGUCAUAGACCUUGGCUUCACAAUCAGCGAUCUCGUAAAAAACAAGGGAUCUAAAGCUGCAAAAUAUCUGAGACAAAAGGCAGACGAACUUGAGAAUGCCAUGAAGCAGUAAAAAUCAGCAAAAAGGAAGAAUUCGAAACAAUUUUUAGUUAUAAACAUAACAUUGAUCUACGUUGGCGUGAACACUUUUCAUGCGUUAGUUGCAUUUGGUCAUUUUUUAUGAGAAAGUUACAUCUUAGGACUGCAUUAACGGCAUUUAGCAAUUUUUUUUUUUUAUGUGACCUCUUUUGAUUUUCAGAGAGAUAGCAAAAGGAUGAUUCAAUUUGAUGUAUGCGGUGAAAAGAAGUGUAAUAAAAUACUUGGAUAUUUUAA